CUAUCACUUCUCAAAUGUAAAUGUACAGUAUCCCCACUCAUAAUCACGUCUUUUUUCUCUCUUCAUCCGUCGCCAUCAACUGCGACUUUCGGUCACUUGCGCCUCUUUUUCUCUUCGUUCUUGCAUAAAUAUUAUAUAUAAAUAUAUAUAUCAGAGCCUUUUCUUUUCGGUUAUGAAUCAAAUUGCUGCUACCAAGGAGCCAGAGGAGGCUUCCGAGAAGACGAAUGAAGCAGUGAGUUACGAAGAAGAGGACCCAAUGGAGCAGGAAUCGGUCAUCCCUGCUACUGUCUUCUGCAUUAGGCUCCGCCAACCUAAGUCCAAUUUGCUCUACAAAAUGAGUGUGCCUGAAAUUUGUCGCAAUUUCAGUGCUGUUUCCUGGUGUGGAAAACUGAAUGCUAUAGCUUGUGCUUCAGAAACAUGUGCAAGAAUUCCAAGCUCAACUGGAAAUUCACCAUUUUGGAUUCCUAUACACAUUGUGAUCCCAGAGAGGCCGACUGAAUGUGCAGUAUUCAAUGUCAUUGCAGAUUCUCCUCGUGAUUCUGUCCAGUUCAUUGAAUGGUCCCCCACCUGUUGUCCCCGUGCAUUAUUGAUCGCAAAUUUCCAUGGAAGGGUAACUAUUUGGACUCAACCAUCACAAGGGCCAGCUAAUCAUGUACUCGAUACCGGCUGCUGGCUGCGAGAGCAUGAAUGGCGACAAGACAUUGCAGUUGUUACAAAGUGGCUCUCGGGAGUGUCCCUGUAUAGGUGGUUUUCAUCUAAACAAAGUGCUCCUGCCAAUUCAAGGUCAACAUUUGAAGAAAAGUUUCUUUCACAACAAUGUCAAACGUCAGCUAGAUGGCCCAAUUUUCUUUGUGUAUGUUCUGUGUUCUCAUCAGGCACUGUUCAACUUCAUUGGUCCCAGUGGCCUUCUUCGAAUGCAACACCACCCAAAUGGUUUUGCACUAGUAAAGGACCAUUGGGUUGUGGCCCCAGUGGCAUUAUGGCUGGUGAUGCUAUCAUUACAGAGAGUGGUGCCAUGCAUGUGGCAGGUGUGCCAAUUGUUAAUCCAUCCACCAUUGUUGUUUGGGAGGUUAUGCCUGGGCCUGGUAGUGGUUUCCAAGUAAUUCCAAGAACAAGUACCAAUAACGGUGUCCCACCUCCAAUUAGCUCGCCCAAUUGGAUUGGUUUUGCACCUUUAGCGGCAUAUUUAUUUAGUUGGCAAGAUUAUCUAUUAUCUGAAGAAAAACAAGGGAAAAUCCAGACAAACCAAAACCAUGGUGGUUCUAUACAACUUCACUGUUCACCAGUUUCAAAUUUUUCGGCAUAUGUGAGUCCUGAAGCUGCAGCUCAAUCUGCAGCAACCACUACAUGGGGCUCUGGUGUAACAGCAGUAGCCUUUGAUCCAACUUGUGGUGGUUCUGUGAUAGCUGUUGUGAUAGCUGAGGGACAGUACAUGUCCCCUUAUGAUCCAGAUGAAGGUCCAUCAAUCACAGGGUGGAGAGUUCAACGCUGGGAAUCAUCUUUACAGCAUGUUGUACUCCAUCCUAUAUUUGGGAAUCCCACUUCCAGUAUGGGUGGACAGCCUCCUAUGCAAACUGUUUGGCAGACCAAAGUGGACCUGAGCAUUCCACCGACAAAUGAUUUCAAGAAUCAUCAAGCUUCUGCAGGUGGAAUGAACACAGAUGUACAAAAGGUAGCAGAGUUUGGUUUUGAUAAAUCAAAAAGAGUCUAUUUCGAUCCUUUUGAUCUUCCAAGUGAUGUUAGGACACUUGCACGAAUUGUAUACUCUGCUCACGGUGGUGAAAUUGGCAUUGCUUUUCUUCGGGGUGGAGUCCACAUCUUUUCUGGUCCAAAUUUUACUCCAAUAGACAACUAUCAGAUUGGUGUCGGAUCUGCAAUUGCAGCUCCUGCUUUUUCUUCAACAAGCUGUUGUUCUGCUUCUGUUUGGCAUGACACAAGCAAGGAUCAGACGAUUUUGAAAAUAAUCCGGGUUCUCCCUCCUGCUAUUCCAAUUAGUCAAGUAAAGACCAACUCGUCAUACUGGGAGCGUGCAAUUGCUGAAAGGUUUUGGUGGAGCCUUUUGGUUGGAGUUGAUUGGUGGGAUGCUGUGGGCUGUACACAGAGUGCUGCUGAGGAUGGUAUUGUUUCACUUAACAGUGUUAUCGCAGUCUUGGAUGCAGAUUUCCAUUCUCUUCCUUCUGCUCAGCAUAGACAACAGUAUUGUCCUAAUCUGGACAGAAUAAAGUGUAGGCUGCUUGAAGGGGCAAAUGCUCAAGAGGUCAGGGCAAUGGUUCUGGAUAUGCAAGCUAGGUUGUUAUUGGAUAUGCUUGGGAAGGGAAUUGAGUCUGCUUUGAUAAAUCCAUCAGCUUUAGUGCCCGAUCCAUGGCAAUUAUCAAGUGAGACAUUAUCUAGCAUUGACCCAGAAGCAGUGGCCGUUGAACCUGCACUAGUUCCAUGUGUUCAGGCUUAUGUUGAUUCAGUUCUUGAUCUAGCUUCACACUUUAUCACACGGUUGCGGCGUUAUGCUAGUUUCUGUCGUACACUGGCAAGCCAUGCUGUGACUGCAGGGACUGGAAACAACAGAAAUGUGGUCGCUAGUCCUACUCAAAGUUCUGCAACUCCUGCAACGAGUCAGGGGGGUCAAAAUGGGACAACCAGUUCUAGUGGAAGCACACAGAUGCAAGCUUGGGUACAAGGGGCCAUUGCCAAGAUUAGUAGCACAACUGAAGGAGUAUCCAACCCAGCUCCUAAUCCCCCUAUCAGUGGUCAUUCUUCCUUUAUGCCCAUUAGCAUUAAUACAGGAACUUUUCCGGGAACACCUGCGGUUCGACUCAUUGGGGACUGUCAUUUCCUCCAUAGAUUAUGCCAACUGUUGCUCUUCUGUUUUUUCUUUCGACGGACACAACUAUCACGGUAUGUACAGAGAACUACAGACACAAAUACACAAAAGCCUCAACCCAAUGGUUCUGCUCCUGCAAAGGUAGAGGAACCUGUAAAACCAGGGUCAACGUUGGUUAGGCCAGAUGAUGGUCAGGCUGGUCGAGUUAAUCAGCUUGUGACUGCACCAAAAGGAGGUGAAGAACCGUCUCCAGGGCGUUCAAGAAUUGGUACUGGAAAUGCUGGCCAGGGAUAUACAUUUGAAGAGGUCAAGGUUCUUUUUCUAGUACUUAUGGAUCUCUGUCGCCGAACUGCUGGCUUGCAACACCCACUUCCAGUUUCUCAAGUGGGGAGUAAUAACAUUCAGGUUCGGCUGCAUUAUAUUGAUGGAAACUACACUGUACUGCCCGAGGUAGUGGAAGCAUCCCUUGGCCCCCAUAUGCAGAACAUGCCCCGUCCUAGAGGUGCUGAUGCUGCCGGUCUUCUACUACGUGAGCUAGAACUCCAUCCUCCAGCCGAAGAGUGGCAUAGGCGGAAUAUGUUUGGUGGACCUUGGUCUGAUUCAGAUGAUUUGGAUUCUACAAAUGAAGCACCAAAACUUGUUAAUCUUGAUUUCAGCUCAUUGGAAACUUGUGAUGUCUACGAUGGAGCCGAUGGCUUAUUGCCAAGGAAACGCAGGAUGUCUGAACGAGAUGCAGCUUUUGGGUUGAACACUUCCGUUGGCCUGGGAGCAUACCUGGGUAUAAUGGGAUCUCGAAGAGAUGUUGUUACUGCAUUGUGGAAAACUGGCCUUGAAGGAAUCUGGUAUAAGGUACUAUUUAAUUUUCUCAUCUCUUUUUUACUUCUGUUUGGUACAGUGUAUAAGAUGUCUGCGGCAGACUUGUGCUUUUUCCUCACCAGCCUCCACCAAUCUUCCUAGUCAAAAUGACAAGGAUAUUUGGUGGAUCAGCCGCUGGGCUCAUGGCUGUCCAAUGUGUGGUGGAACAUGGGUUCGUGUUGUAUAGCUGGUUUCAAGACAAAAUUGUUACGUGAGUUUCUCUAGGUCAGGGAAGAAUUGCUCGUAUUUGUUGCUAACUGCAGAAACUGGAGGUAGAUGAAACACUGGAAGAAAUUGUACAGGAGAGGAGACAUGUAGAUUACCUGACAGGUUCUUUAUCAUUUUAUUAUCAUUACAGGUAGGUGACCGAACAAACUUGGAUUCGGGUAAAUAUUCUACUAAUCACUUUGUAAAGUUCCAUGAAUUAUCAAGUAAUUCACCUAUACCUCAAUUUGUUUUGGAAUUAUGGUCAUGUGAUUUGCCACACCUUCAAAAUUAGGUAUUAUCCUCGUAAUGCCCGUAGUUGUUGUUGCUCCUUCCAGAGAUAUAUGUUUCAGGAUUAACUCUUAAAAUUGACUUGAGUGCUCAUGUCGUGCACGGCAUAUAGUAAUAUCAUGCAAUGCAUAUUGAUAUUCCAUUUACUCAUUACAGUCAGUUGGAUAGUCAUCUGGUCAUAAUUUUUUUCCUUUCACUGUACUCGUUUUCCUUUCACUGUACUCGUUUUCCUUUCGUCCAUAUUUGGAUUUAACUUUUUUCCAGGUUAUUGAAUUAUUUUAGAUAGUUUCUUGAGUGAGUUUUUAAGAAUAUUUCUCCAAAAUACUGUUAUCAAACUUGCAUAAAUAUUCUGUUUUUUUUUUUUUUAAUUAUUCAGCUGACAAUGCAGAAUGUGAACUUUCUCGUAACCCUGGGGAAUAAAUUUCUUGCAUGCAGAUGCUAGUCUUUUCAGAUAAGAGGUUGGUGAUGGUGGACAAGUAAUUAGGAAUGUCCCUGACUAAUCCCAGAGAAACUUCUGCAUGACUUUCCACAUCAGUAUUAUUGACUGCUCGUAUUUAUAUGUGCAUAAGGGGAGCAGGAGGUGGUAAGUGGAGUGGGUACUGUACAGCAUUAAAUAAUCAACUAUAUAUGUAAAUUGAUGAAAUAAUUUAUUUAAUUUGGGCGGGUGGGGGCAACGUCAUAUAGGGUUAUAUUUAUGGCAGUUAUAGAUCAAUUUUAUGUACUGUUUUAUGGUUUGUAUUUGGGGUCAUUCACUGUCUUAGUUGAUAAUGGUAUCCACCAUAUAUAUUUUACAAAUUAAUAACUUUCAAAA